AUUUGUUUACAAAAUUUAAUAUGGUUAAUUUGCAAUUACAAGGCGACAGUUUAAAUUUGAUUAAAUUUGAUAAAAAGAUGGACUUUAUCUUAUCAGCGUUUCUUGCCAGAGUUAAACUAAUGAAGCAAAACAUUGGACGGGGCGAAUUUUCUCAGUUCCCCAAUUUGUCACAGACAAGCUGCCAGGAAGACGACGUUUCAACUUACGUUCAACAUUUAAAUGCGCUCUAUUCAGAUUUUGAAUCCAGGUUUGAGGAUAUUUUGACUAUGGUAAUACCACCGUGGAUAAUUAAUCCAUAUGGUGACAUAAAAGAAACGAAUGUCACAAUACAAGAGGAACUGACUGAACUAAGUACAAACGAAGAACUUAAGGUUCAGUUUAAAGACGGAUAUCAGCAAUUCUGGCUGCAAAACAACAUAUCCGUUACUUAUCCCAUAUUGUGGAAUAUAGCGAGGAAAUUUUUAAUUUCCUUUCGAUCGCCAUACCUAGUGGAAAGGGGGUUCAGCGCUGUUACCAAUCUCCUAACGAAAAAAAAUAAACAGACUGGACAUCAUUAGCCGAAGAGAUUUAAGAUUAACCCUUACAAAAUUGACGUCAAAUGUUGAAAAUUUAUUAUUAAAGCAUCAGGUUCAUCCUUCUCACUAAAAAUAUUGACUUAUUG